CGGUCAAAGGCGGGUCGGUCCGCGCCAGCCGGAGCCGGAACCGGGGAACUGAAAACGGGGCGAGCCCAGGGCGCCGUUGGCCGGCGCGGGGCUGAGACUGCCCCCUCCCCCGAUCGGGCCCGCAUGGCCUCCUCCGGCCCCCCCGGCUCCUGCUGCUCCCACGGGCCGGCCGUGCCCGGCGUGCACCAGACCGCGGCGGAGAUGGACUUCGAGAGAGGGGUCUGGUCGGCUGCCCUGGACGGGGACCUGGGGCGGGUCCGGAAGUUGCUGGUGGAGAAGCGAGUGGAUCCCAGCAAGCCCGACCUGGCCGGCUACACUGCCCUGCACUACGCCAGCCGCAACGGGCACGGCGCCGUCUGCCAGUUCCUGCUGCAGAGUGGGGCCCAGUGCAAUGCCCAGACCCAUGGCGGGGCCACCGCCCUGCACCGAGCCAGCUACUGCGGCCACGUGGACGUGGCCAGGCUGCUGCUGGCCCAUGGAGCUGACCCCGGCAUUGCAGAUGACGAUGGCAUGACAAGUUUGCAUAAGGCCGCCGAGGGAGGCCACCGUGAGCUCUGUGAGCUCUUGCUGCAGCACAGUCCGGUACUGAAGGGCAUCCAGGACAGGAGGGCCAGGAGAGCAUGUGACCUGGUCCCCGGCAGCGGCACCUUGCGGGACCUCCUGGAGACCUGAGGGCGGCGGGGGGGUGUCACCCUGCACCAGGGUGCGCUGGCUUUUGUCUCCCCCUCUUGGCCUGCCGUGGGAUUGCAGCACCCUGGGCUCUGAGCAUGCAGCCCUGGGGUGAUCUGGGCACGCGCCCCACUAGGUAGCUGCUCUGGGGAGCCUGCUGCAGCAGCGGGAGAGGGGAACGGGCAGAUUUGGGCAGGGAAAAGGAAGGUGCCGCUAUAAACCCUGUUCUGGUGUCACUGGCUGGGGGGAGCCCGCCCAGGGUCUGAGAUCAAGGGGACUCCAGCGACACUGCAGGACAGCAGGGUUCCUGGGCAGCUGCAGUGGCUGGUGGCGGAGUGGGACUCUGGGGGGCAGGGAGGGGUCUGUGUCCAGCCCUCUGCAUGGGCCAGGCACCACUGCCCAGGACCACACAUCUGGCGGGAAGCUGAGGCAGCCAUGUUGGUUGUGGGCAUUGCCCAGGGCUAUUGGGCUCCGCUGGGAAGGCAGAGGCACUAGCUACGUGUGACUGGCGUGUGCUCGGUACCAUGGACCCCAUGCAGCAGGGGCUGCAGGCUCCCAACCCCUGGAAGGAGGAGUCUGACGUGUGCCCAGAGCAGAGGGCAGCACGGUGUCCCCUGAGGGGAUUUCUGGCCUGUCGAGGGCUGCCAGGGGCUCCUCUCUGUAACCCUGAGCUGGGGGGAGAAGGGGGGUUGGGAUAGGAUGUCCCCUGUCUCAAGCCUAUUUCAGUCCUUGGCACUGAGCUGGGGAACCGGAGCCCCCAAGGACUUGGUGACAGGAUGUCGGGCGUCAGCACCAUUAACUCUUCCCUGCCUAGUCCUGUGCCCUGUCUGUGGGCUGGUGGUCCCAGCUGCUAGGGGCUGGUCUCUGGGGUCUGGCAGGGCAUGUCUGCCCUUUGCUGGGGAAGAGGGGUUAGUGCCCACCCCAGCCCUGUGUUGCCCCCUUCUCUAUCCACUUGCUGUUCUGCCCAGCCUUCCCCCCACACCUCCGCCCGCAAGCCCUGUGGGCCUGUUUCUGGCAGGAAGCAGGGUGGGGGUGGGAUCCUGCAAACUUACCCUCCCCACUCGCUCACAGCUGGAUUGGAGGGGAGCCCAGACCCCUCCACAUCUAUUGCACAGUGAUCUCGUGGGGGAUGGGGUGUCUUCUUCUAUGCCCCUCUCCAUGCUAAAGGGACCCCCCACACACACUAUAGGCCUGCAGAGAUUGGGGGGGGGGCUGCCCUGUCCUCUCUCCCAGAGAGGAUCCAGCAGAGCCCCCCCCCCGCCCCCCCAAGCUGGGAUCAGUGGAAGCUGCAUGGGGAGGCGCAGGGGCUGGAACAUGGCUGCUGGGCCUCAGCGAUGGCCAGCAGCAUCACAGGUAGCAGGGCCAGUACUGACCUAUGGGGGAGAGUGCCCCCUGCUGAGCGCCUGCUCUGCUCCCCAUAGCACAGCACCCCCUAGUGCCAGCACCGAACUACAGAGGAGAGUGCCCCUUGCUGAGCACCUGCCUUGCUCCCUGCAGCACAGCGCCCCCUGCUGAACCCCCACCCCACUCCCUGCAGUAUAUAGUGUCCUUGGGAGGUGCCGUUUCUGGGGGGCGUGGGACAUGCUGGCAGGGCAUAAAUUCAUAAUAAAUCCCUCACAAACUG